AUGUGCCACUACUGGACCGCCAAAUACACCCUCUGUGGUUGCAUCUGCGACGACAUAUACCAGCUCUGCCCUUGCCGCGAGUACUGCUUCGGCACCGUGCUCACCCAAACCGAAUACGAAGAUGAUCUGUGCUGGCAGUGCCGUGAGACAGCAGAUCAACGGACGAGAUGGGUUCAAGUGGUGAGGGGGAUAGAGACCCUGGAGCCGGAGGCAUUGGCAGACACGCAGUCUGAGCGAGAGAAAGAAGGGAAGGUGGAAAAGGGCUCUGAGAAAGGCGAUGAGGGACAAAAAGGGACUGGUGGCAAAGAAAAGAAUACAGACAAACAGAUGGCGCGCCGUGCAAAAUUGGUUACCUGCGAUGUUUCUAGGGUUUGUGAUCCGGAGGUUAUUAAAAGAGGGCGUGAGCGUGUGAGACGGGCUUGCUUCGAUAAAAUGGAGUGA